CCAGAAAUACAAUAAAUUCCUCCCCCAGAGUUCUGGUCACUGCUGUCUUCAUCUGGAUAAGUUAAUUUACAAAUGCAGGAGUUUUCUAGCUAUAUAUUUUUAUUUUUUUUUCCCUCAGUCUUUGGGUUAUACAAACAAAAGCAGUUUUUAUUUUAAUACUAUGCCAUAGCCUAACAUAUAUGUAUUAUACCACUAUUUCUAAAUUUCAUCAAUAACAGAAAUAAAUAAAACUAUAUUAAUACAACAAAAUUUCUCAUUCUUAUACACACAACAUUCAUGUUAAUAUUUGUGAAAAGCCAACAAUAUAAAAUGCAUCUAUAACAGACACCCCUGGGUGUGCAGGUUUCUGCAGUCAGUAAAGGCGUCUUGUCACCCCAGACUCACAGAGCCACGGAAAGCUUUGCUUGGAAGGGACCUCAAAGAGCAUCGAGCCCAUCCUCCUGCCAUGGACAGCGACACCUUCCACCAUCCCAGGUGGCUCCAAGCCCCGUCCAACCUGUCCUGGAGCACUGUCAGGGAUCCAGGGGCAGCCACAGCUCCUCGGGCGGCUCCCAGGGCCCGAGGAGGGUCCCAGGGCCCGACGCUCCAGGAGCAGCCCCGGGGCCGCCAUGGCGGCGCCCACGUGACGCGAAGGGUGUCACGUGAUCUCGAGUCACGUGGCCAUGCGGGGAGGGGCCGCGCGCCGCGCGCCACUGGCGCCACCCGCCGGCCGCGCGCGCGCUGGGAGCCGGAAGUGGCGUCACCGGCGCGCGACCGGAAGCGGCGGGAGGAGGCGAAGGGGGCAGGAGGAGGAGGAGGAGGAGGCGGUGGCGGCGCCGGAGCGGCCCCGUACCUGGAAGCAGUUCUGAGCCCCAAUAAGUUGAGAUCCAUGGCUACGGUGCUAAUGUGCCGAAGAUUCCCCAGGCUGAGCAGGGUGACAGCGCUUUCGACCACAGCCAAGCGUGGAAGCAGCAAGAGCAAGAAGGAAAAGCGAGAUAAGCCAGGAGCAGCCAAGACUGGGGGCGAACCCGGGGCUACAAUCCAGCUGCUGAAGCCUCAGGACUACAGAGUGUUGUAUGAUCCAGCUGCCCAUGGCAAAGGCAGGGCUGGCUCCCAGCAGCACGUGGAUAGGGACAGCAGCCAGGCCCUCGGUGACACCUUCACCGGCCCUGGCACCGUGCAGGCUCCACGGACAUUCCCCACUGCCUCUUCCCGAGCUUUGUCACCCGUCAGGAAUGCUCUGCCCAAGCCCAAGUCCAGCCCACGAGUGGAGCAGACAAUCCUGGCCACGCUGCACAAGGAGGAAGCAGAGAAGGAAAAACGGGAAAUGCACGACUCCAAGGAGGACCCCCGCAUGUUCCAGAAGGGGAGGCCCGAGUACAGAUCUCUCAGCUGUGACAGAGCUGAGCCAGCACAGCCCCUCCCUGCAGAGGAGGGGGACUCGAUUUUACAGAGUGUGGCCGGGUGUGAGGGCAGCCCUGGAAUUCUCACGGAUUAUUUCCUCAAGCUGAGCCGUUUGCCGGCGGAGCGACGCGCGGCGCUGGCGUCCGAUCGCAGGUUCAGUGCCCUGUGUCACCGUGCUGGCACGGCCAUCAGGCUGUUCAGCACCCCAGAUCUCAUCCAGAUUUUAAAGGCUUGUGUCCCUUUGGCCGUGCCAGCCUCCCACCCCCUGCUCGACGCGUGCGAGGCCGAGUUCUGCCGGCGGGCGUGGGACAUGGGCCUGGAGCAGCUGCUGCUGGUGGCGGAUUGCUGGCGCUGCCUGGAGCGCAGCGUGCCCUCCUACCUGGCCAUUCUGUUCAGCUAUGCCAACCUGCACUGGAAGGACCUCACCUUGCCCAGGUUUGUGCAGCUCCUUUACAUCAUCGGGGAAGGCCGAAGGUCGCCCGCGGAUUUGGUGCAGAAGGUGGAGAGCACCAUCCUGAAACACUUGGAUGCCUUCACCUUGGAGGAGCUGGGUGCCAUCUGCUUGGGGCUCUUCAAGUCCCUCAGUGGGAUUUCUGACCACGUCAUGAGGAGGAUUGCGGACAGGGUGUCCCUGCAGAUGGAGGACAUGAGCACCUACGCCUUGGUGAACGUGCUCAAGAUGCUCCGCUACACCCGCAUGGACCACCUGCCCCUCAUGAGGGAGCUCGGGAGGGUCAUUCCCGCUCGGAUUCCUGCAACAAACAUCCAGGGCAUCAUGCACAUCACUCUCACCUAUUCAUCCCUGCACUUCUUUGACGAGGAUGUUUUGACUGCUGUAGCCACCUCGUUGCCUUCCAAGGUGUUCUACUGCCGGAGCAAGGAUGCUGCCAAAUUCCUGUGGUCCUUUGGGUGCCUGGACUAUGAACCUCCCAACGAGGAGUUUUACUCCAGCCUGAUAAAACAAUUGCAUGCAAAACUCCAUGAGUUCAGCAAGUUUCCAGAGCAUCUCCUUACUGCUCUGCUUGGCCUGGCAUUUGUCAAACGCUUCCCAGAGGAGCUGAUAGACUUUGCUUUGAGGGAGGAGUUUGUCCAGAAAACCAGAGGUAGCAAAUAUGAGCUUGACAAAGAUCUGUUCACCCUGGGUAGGAGCGUUGAAAUCGAGUGCCCGACCUACCAAGGCAGCCUCCUCCCACCCCAGCUUUGUCAAGAGUUCACUGAGAUGGUUUCAAGCUUUGCAGAACGGGAAAUCUACGUCAGGCCUGAAAUCUUGGAAGCCACAUCCCUCCUCGAGAGCAUGUUGGGAGGCCCUGAGUACGUGAAGAACCACAUGAUCCUGCCCCACACCAGGUCCAGCGACCUGGAGGUGCGUUUGGCCACCGAUGGACAUCCCAUCCCUUUCAAUUUCAAGGGUCCUGUGGCAGCCCAGAAGCUGAAGGACGUGGGAGUUAGUCUGACAGAUGAUUUAAUGGCUCAGCUCAUACAGGGGAGAGCUCAUAACCAGAGUCCCACGGAAGUGGGAAAUGAAGCCAGGAUUCCCGGACAGGACGCAGCAGGAGCACCGUGCUGGGGUGCAGCCCUUCCUGCAGGUUCCAAAUCACAGGCUGAGCCUAAAGCAGGGCGCUGGCAGCCUCGGGAAGUGAGGCUGGCACUGCAGGUGUCCAACAGGAACCACUUCUGCUACGGCUCCAAGCGGCUGCUGGGGCUGCACUGCCUGAAGCGGCGGCAGCUGCGGCUGCUGGGUUACGUGGUGGUGGAGCUUCCCUUCUGGGAAUGGUUCCCUCUGCUCAAGCGCACGCGCUCCGAGAAGCUCAGCUACCUCCACUACAAAGUGUUCUGCCCAGAGCUGCUCAGCAGGGCUGGCUAGUGGGGGCAAGGGCUUGCCCAGAGCCUCCCCAGUGCAUCUCCAUGGCUGGCACUGGGUGGAAUGGUCUCUUGGUGCUGGCUCAGUUUUUGGCACGUGCUCUGUGUGGUUGUUUCUGCUCUGGUGACGUCUGUACUUCCCGUGCUCUCCUUUUGUACCUGGAUCCUCAAAUGCUUCCACCACAAAUAAAACCUGCUAAUGAUUCAUUUUCCUCUGUGGUUGCUUCUUCCUCCGCCCUAAACGAGAGUGGUUGGAUUUGGUGGCUCUGUGAGAGCAGGAACAGAGGAGAUUCAGUCACGAGGCUGAGCUGGGUGCCAGGAGCACACUCAGCUAUUUCCUUGUGUUUCCAUCCCCAUGGGGCUGGGGGGCACAGCCUGGGUUUCUCCUUUAGGAUGGAACGUGGAUACUGAGUGGGACUGAGGGUUGGGGUGCUCUGACCCCAGGACAUUCAUUUCAUGCUCCAGGGACUUUGUUUGGUGUCCACCGUGCACAUUCCUUACGGCAGCAGCUCUGUAGUCCCACGUAGGACGCCAGGAAGAGUUGUGGUGACAAAUUCCAGACAAUCUGGUUUAAAAUUCCUUAUCCAAAACCAC